UGUCUCACUCUGCUGCAGGCUGGGGGCACACAUGGCUGGCUGGGGGGGCUUCUUCGUUUCGCUCCUCAACUACAAGACAGAGAAAUAUGUCAUCGCUGAAAACAGGAGAAUUGGAAUAUUGUUCCGGCUCUAUCAGCUGGCCGUGCUGGGAUACAUAAUCGGGUGGGUGUUUAUUGUGAAGAAAGGAUACCAGGAAAGAGAGGAGGCCAUCCAGAGCUCAGUCAUCACCAAACUGAAAGGGGUCACACAGACCAACACCUCUGAGGCGGGGCCGUACCUGUGGAGCGCUGAGGAUUACGUCAUACCUCCAAAUGGUGAGCAAGUCUUCUUCAUAGUAACAAAUUACAUAGAGACCCCCAAUCAGAGGCUGGGUUUCUGUGCUGAGAGUUCCAAGGUGCCAGAUGGUCAGUGUCAAAGUGAUGAUGACUGUCUGGAAGGAGAGAGUGUGACRGCUGGGAAUGGAAUAAAGACUGGGUUGUGUGUGAACAGCACAGGGACCUGUGAGAUCCACGCUUGGUGUCCUCUUGAACACAGCAAGAGACCUAUGGCGGCUCUGUUGGUGUCCUCAUCGAGUGGUACUGUGACCUUGAUAGGGACUCCUCUGAGUGUAAUCCUCAGUACAGCUUCACACGUUUGGACACGGACCUAAAUAAUUCAGUUACAUCAGGAUACAACUUCAGGUAUGCCAGGUACUACAAGGAUAAAAAUGGGGAAACCUUUCGCACGCUGUACAAAGUGUACGGGAUCCGUUUUGAUAUAAUGAUCAAUGGCCAGGCUGGGAAAUUCAAUAUUGUUCCUACAAUAAUAGCUAUUGGCUCUGGUGUUGCUCUGAUUGGUAUAGGGGCUUUUGUCUGCGACAUGAUUUUACUGUACAUGAUGAACACUAGCUCCUUCUACCGAGAGAGGAAAUUUGAAAUAAUCAACUUCAAAAAGGAACGCAGCAAACCAAAAGAUGGGAAAACAGGACAGCGGGACAAGAGGUCCAGGAAACCCGGAGCAGAGAAAGACGCCGCCAACUCCAUCAAACAACAAGAGGAGACAGAAGUCACCGUGGAACAUCCUCUGCCUCCUGAAGAGAACCGGGGUCUCACCAUUCCACGCAACACAGGCCAGAGAUACUCUUCUGUUCGGGCCAAACCAGGCGCGACGGCACCAAAACCUCACAUCACCUUCUCCACAUAGAACUAGGUUUCACAGCAAGAUGGGAGACAGGUGUGUGUUUACACUGAAGGAGGUGGAGACUGAACCUGGCUUCACCUGGAGAACAGCUCAGCUCUGAAAGGACCAGGGAACUGAUGUGUUCAGGUGCUGCGCAACAAAAGAAUGUUGUCAGUUCAGAAAGUGAAACUCGUUAUAAAUUCAUUACAUGUAGAGUGAAAUAUAUCACGAAUUUAUUUCUUGUAAUUUUGAUAAUUAUGGCUUAUAAAUAAUUUAAAAAAAAGGUUUGUGUCUCAUGUAAUUUGAAUAUUACAUUGGCAGCUUUUGGUAAAAAUCAACAGAAGUGUCCAAAUAUUACUCAGAAGUAUGUUUUUAAAAGGCUUCAGUAGAAGUAGAAGUAUCAACUCAAGCUUUUUACUCAAGUAAAUAUGUAAAAAUGGUUUUUAAAAGUGAAUGUAAGACAAAAACUCAGGUUGCACCACAGGGGUCUAUAGUGCACACCUCUACCUCCCCAAAAACAUUUUUAAGGCCAUAAUGUUAUAUAAAAAUGUUAAUGAUGAAAAAUGUGGGAUGCACUAGGCCAGUGCAGACCCCCCACCCCCUUUCUUGUUCAAGCCAACCUGAGACUCUCCCUCAGCCCCGCCCAUCUCCCACUACUCCCCACUUCUCCCAAAGAUGAGCCCAACCUUUACAUUUUUAAAAUCAAAAAUAAUAAAAGAAUACAAUAAUKAGUUCCAAACUUUUAUCUGGACAAUGGAAAUUUAAAAAAGAACAGUUAUACGGAGUCCUCCAGACUCUGUAUUUCCAGACAAAAUGCAAACAUGACUUUCAUCUGAAAAAGAGGAUCUUGUCUCCUGGGUCCAGGUAAGACACCUAUGAAGUCUCUGCUUCAGGAGAGGCUUCGCUUGAACAAUGAGACAUUUCUGGUCCAUCUAGUUCAAAAGAAAUGAGCUCUGGCUCAAACUGCCAGAAGCUGGCUGCAGUAUUCURAUUUUCUAAGACACUGGAUUUUGAUUUGUAACCCAUUAGCAAAAUUACAAGAAAUAAAGGCUUGAAAUAUUUCACUGUGWGCUGAAACUAUAUAAGUUUCACUUUCUGGAUUGACAAGAAAAAACAAUUUUUUCACAAUAGUCUAAUUGUUUUGGCUGCACCUGUAGACAGGUGGAGACAGCAGAUCCACCAUUCCUCAUAAAACUGCUGAAAAGAAACAUGGUUUCAUAUUUGUCAUAAAAAAAAUGCCAAACUAUCAGCUUGGUUGGAUUGACAUUAAAUAAGCACAGCUUUUAAUCUGUCUAACAGAAGUCUCAAACGUUGUUUUCCUACUUAAGUUAAAGCCAAUAAAGUAUAAAAAACAUAGAGAUUUAAAAAAUAAAAGCAAAUAUUCACAAAUCUUAAACACUAAAAUAUGACUAAAUGUGAAAAAGUCCCAAUAAGGACAUUUUAUUAAUGAGGCAUCAUAAGGGGUUAAUUCUACACAAACUCUGUAUAUAAAUACAUUUUUAGUGGGAAAAUGCAUGACAUGCAGGAGCCACAAGCAUAUUUACAGUUGACUGAGUGAAACUUAUCUACUGUGAUCAAGUGGGGUUUUUCCUGAGUGUUAAAUGUAUUUUGUGGUUCAAGAACUUACUUUUGUUUUAAAUCUGUCUCUUUAUUUAUUAAAUGUACUUAAUUCUUUAAAACACAUUUGUCAUGUUGAUUUGACGGACACAAAUGAUCCAUGAAAACAGAUUGUAAAGACAUGUUUAUUCACAGCUGCUAUCAUAUUACACAUGAAAUUGAUUUCGCAUUUUACUGUUAUUAAAUUAAUAAUUGUGGCUAAAGCCUUGGCAUGGAUGUCACCAAGAAUAGAACUAGAGUUACAUGAUAAGAGUUCGUAACAAAUGGUAGAUUUGGAGCAAGAAAUAAGGGAAGACGAGCAAUC